AUGUUCGGCUGGUUCGAGUCUUCCAACGAGUCCAAGCCAGCCCAGGAACCUACCUGGGAUGCGGCCACUGUGGCCAUGGAACAGCCUUCCAACGCCGAGACCAUGUCUUCCACCAAUGUCGUCUCCCAGCAGCCUAGCUCCGAGUCCAUGAAGAUGGAACUUCGCGGUGGCGGUGAAGGUGGUGAUAUUUGUUGCGGAAUGUAA